AUUUUCAGUAUGAGGCCAUUCUUUUUAACAAAAACUUUGUAUUUGGGCACAUAACAUUCUGGAAGCCUCUGAAGAUGAAAAGUGAGAUGCAAAUGAUUUCAAAGAAGAAAUUCAUUAUUCUGAGCAUCUCUUGAAUAGAAACAAAAUGAACAUUCUACAAGAAAAGAGGAUACUUAACAUGUAGUAGAAACAACUUUAAACAGCCUUUUGGGAAUCAACAAUGAGCAGAAUGAAACCUAGUAAACAGAAACUGAAGAUCAGACCACCUGAUACUGAGACUGUAAUGGAUACAUCUGCAAACCAAGAAAAGAUAAUGACAUCUCCUACAAGAAGUAGCUCUACUUCGAUUCCUAAUCAAAAACAUCAAUGUAGUUAUCAACAUUCCAGCAAAUUUAGUAAUACCAUGCAAACAGAUUUUGCAUAUCUGUCCACACUUGGGGAUUUCAAAUCCCUUCCUUUAGAAAUAUUUGAAAUGAUUUUAGGAUAUCUUUCAGUGGCAGAUAUCAGCAUGAUGAGUAUGGUAUCAAAGAAUAUCAGCGACCGUGUUGUUAAUUACAUCUCAACUCCUUCUGGAAAUAGGAGAUUUUUUCCACAGGAUUUUCAUAACCAUGAACAAUCUGACAGUACAGGAUCCUCCAUUCUGGAACACUACAGAUCAUUAGGCUUAUUGUUUAAAAGGUGCACUUUACUGCUCCCUACAAAAGAGAGACUGAAGUACAUAUACAAAAUACUUUCAGAAAUUUCCUGUUUCAAAUUCAAUGGCUGCUCAGAUUCUUUGCACUGUUUGGGAUUACAAUGUUAUGGAGUAUUUUUACAGACCUUAACAGCCGGUUGGGAUGAAUUUGAAUGUCAGCGAGUUUACCAUUUUCUCUGUGACCUUACUAGUUUACCUCAGAGAAUGCAGAGAGUUGUCAGCAGCAAGCCUGGAAUUUUCCGUAAACUGGAAUUGAGGAUAAGGACAUUUUGCUGCAGUGUACUUCUAAACCAUUGGACUCACCAGAGUGAUUCGGCAUUUUGGCUGACCUGUAUUUUAAAGCCAUGGCCAAUAGUAAAUCAAGCUCGGCUGCUGUACCUAAUAUUUGGGCCUGCAUCUACACAGGAUGGAUAUGUUGAUUGGCAGAAUAUGAUUCAAGGCCCAACAGAUGAAAAUAGUUUGAAAGAGCUGGCAGAUGCUGUUAAACUAUUAUAUGAUACAGAAGCAAAGGAAUGGACAGCGGAUGAUGUCAUCAGUCUGGUGGAUGAGCUUGCAGUAAUCCCUCAGGAAUGGCAUCUUGAAAACAGUGCUCGGUUUCUUAUUUUGUGUGGAAACAACAUCUGCUUCCCAUUUAUGGCUAGUAAAGCUGUGAAUGGCCGAGCUGUUGAAUUGGCAAGACUGGUGGUGUUCUUGGCACUGGUAUGCGAGAAGGACCUCUAUUGCAUGGACUGGGCUGUAAAAAUGAUGCAGAAAGUCUGCAAUGUUUUCAGUAUCUCAAGUGAAAAGAAUGUUUUUUUGCAGAGCAUAGAGAAUGCCUUUGCACAAAUUAUCAUGGAUGCUCUACAGUUGGUGAUAUCUGGAGAGCAUGAUGAAGAAGAGACCAGCUUUUUAAAUCUGUUCCAUCUGGUCAAUGCACAAGCAAAUUUUCAUAAAGAAAUCCUUUAUUUAACCAUGAACAAUGAUAUGUAAUUUUUUUUUUGGUUUUGAAUUUUGAAAAUAUCCUAUGAAUAAGUAAAAUUAUUUUGCCCAUUAUCUUUUUUUAAUCUCCAUGUGUGGCUGAAUGCGUUCUGAUCUGCCUUCUAAAUACACAUUUCAUUGGGCUCUUAACUAGGGCUUAUUUUGGGGAAAGGGCUUAUAUUAGGCGCAAGCCAAAAAUUCAGUCUAGGGCUUAUUUUCUGGGUGGGUCUUAUUUUCAGGGAAACACGAUAUAUUAUAAUAUCAAGAUUUAUUUAUUAUUAAUUUUGCACUUGCUGAGGUGAGUAGUUUAACACACAAAUACACAGAGGCAUAUAAACAAGAAUAUGCAAAGAUUGGAACAGAAUAUGGAAUACAACUUUAAUGAAAAAAGCAAUAAUCUAUGUGCUGGUGAACCAAAAUAAUGCAAACCAUUAAAAUAACCAGAUAAAUAAUUAAUGCAAAUGAGCUGAGAGAUAGUUAUGACCCAUGGCCCGGUGACAGAUACGUUCUAAAAAAGAUUGUAAUGGAUACGUGCAACAUGCAAGAUAGCUAACAGCGUUUACCAUGCCUCCACAAAACUGCUAAAAAAAUGCAACAUUGUAAAAUGGUGAAACACAGAAAUGAACCGAAAGAGAAGAAAGUGAAUAAUUUCCUUCACAUCAUUUUAUUGCAAGAUCUAACUCAAUGGGGGAGGAGAAGAACGGGAGGAAUAGGAUUUCUUCAUUUACAAACAAUCCUCUGAAGAAGGAGUUGUGUUCUUCUGCAAUCCUGUUUCACACAAUUCUUCACUGAAUCUGUUGAUACUGUCUGAACAAAUUAGUCUAUAUUCUGUUUGCAGGAACAUCUAACUUUCUAAAGGACUCUUGCAAAAUCCAAACAAGAUGUUAAUAUGACAAAAUUCAUAUUAUAUAUAAUUUACAUACAUGAAUUGUAUGGAAUAGGUCAGGGGUAGGCAACCCAAAACACUCAAAGAGCCACUUG